AUGUCCACAACGCAGCUGAAGCGACACGGCCAUGGCGUUAGGUCGUCGACUCCGAGCCCUCCGAGGGCUGACAAGACGCCCGCACGACCGAUGAACGCCUCUACGCCAGUGCAGAUUCCGGUAAGACCGAAGUCUCGAGACGCGGCACACCCACAGAAGGCUCAUCGCAGCCACGGAGACCGGAAAAGUCAUUCCUCGGCGCGGCGCCUAAGAGACACGCACUCUCCAGAUGCCAUCCCUCCCUCGGUCGCCGCGCUGCUGGCCAUCACCAACAUUCCUCCGCCGAAAGGCGGGCGGAGCAUGCGGCAGACCAGAACAGAAAAGAGGAUGACGGUGGAGUCGAUCAUCGAGCGGGCGCAGGAAUCCGAGAAGGAGCUGAGUUUGAAGCUUAGCAAGGGCCCGAUGGAUAUUCUUUUGAUGGCGCCCGAGGACCUCGAGGCCGACGAUACCUCGACCUGCGGCAGCGGUCCAGGUUCUUUCCUGUCGGCACGGACGAUUUCGCUGGAUUCCAUGCCAUCGUUGAGCAACUCGUUCACCACCGCCACCCUCUCAUCAUUCGAAUCGCCCCGGACGCCGCCCAGGAGGCGGAAGAUUCAGCCCACUCGACGCUCGCUGGAACCUGUUUCGUCACCGCCUGGGGAACUGGAGAAUCACCCUCUGUCCUCUCCCGAGAUUGAAGUCGACGAGCUAGAUUUUAGAGUGUUUGGGAGUAAAGACGAGGCUCCGGAUAAGAAGAGCUCGAGGCUACCUUUUAGACCGCUCAAAUCGGCCUUCAAGUCGAAUCUGACGGCAUCGUUACGGGCCUUGCGCCAGGCCGCGCGCUCGUUUUCCAAUCUGAACUUUUCGUCGAUUCCACCAGAGGAUUUCCUCACGAGGUCGAUCUUGACGAUAGAUCCUCAGGUUCCGUAUACCGACGAGCGCAGACCACCUCCGCUAGAGGAAGAACCAACAGCUGCCUUACGGCGCUACCUGAACCCUACGACGACGGCCCGCCUUGAGAAGCCCCAGACCGUCUCGUCUGGCCCCGUAUUACGAUCCUUUACGGCCUCUAUCCAGAUGCAAACAUACAAAGUCCAUCGGCCCCGCAGUGCACCCGCUUCUUCGGACCGUGGCCCUUAUCCUUCGGUAGGGCCCUCCUCAACACCGCAAUCAUCGGAAUCUUCGCAGCCGAAACCGGUGACGGAGUACCCCACGCCGGGGCCAAGGCAGCGUGAAAUGCGCGAGAACCCCGAUUUCAUCAGGAUCGCCGUCAUGGAGAUGGCCAUGCGGAAGAGCGGCAAACUCAGCUCAAAGCGGCCGGGUAGGGCUCGUUGGGCGCUCCCACCGAGAAAACCCAGCACAAGGCCAUAUGUGAUCGGGCCCGACGGAGUCCCUGCCCGAUGGGUAUCAGUAACUCACUGA